CGCCGCGUCCGAAGGCGAGCGGCCAUGCGGCUGGCCAACUCCACCGUGUCCGUGAGCCGCGGCAGCGUGCAGGAGCUCGACACGCUGCACGGAAAGGGCCCGCCUGGCCCGCCGCAGACUCGUUCCAGCCUAAACGCUCAGAUCAACCUCAAGCUGAACUGCGGCGAGCAAGACUUCAGCGCCGCCAUCAUUAGCAUCCCCACGCCGCCUGCCAACACGCCCGAUGAGAGCCUGCCGCCCUCACCUGCCGCCAUCCCGGGCGGCAUCUUGCGCAAUACGCGCGCCACCGCCUACACCCCCGACGCCGUCAAGAUUUCCUCCUUGUAACCUCUGCCAGGGCCCGACCCGUGCGCCCCGCGUCCUCUUGCCUGGUGCCCGUGGCUGCUCACGGCCAGCAGCUGGCCAAGGACGGUGGCUAGCAGACAUAAAAAACACGCACUGCGUCCUUCCGGCUUUAUCCUCUGCUGAUGAUGAAAGUGGACAUCCAAAUAUGCAAAGUGGGAAGUCAUCGUCAAUAAUCCACUAUAGGACGCAAUGUUUGUGAGCGGCGUGUUUGACAUAAACGGAACGAGACGACGAAUGAAGCAAAAACCCCGAGGUCAGCUUUCUUCCAUCGUACAACAAGGAGCUUCUGACAAUGCUAAUGUGAUUACGUUGAAGAAAAGGAAACCAACAAAAGCACGAGAAUGAAGAAACAUGUCACGUGUAGCAAUUUGUUUAGGCUAUUUAGUUCUUAGCAGCACAGUGGCCGCCUGGCCAGUACGUCUGCGUCACAGUUUUGGGGUUUGAAUGUUGGCUGCGGCCUUCCUAUGCAGUUUGCAUCAUGUCGCUGCGCUCGCAUGCAUUUUCCCUCCCAUUUUUCUGAAAACAUGUUAGCAUGAAGACAUUUUCCAAAGGUGUGAAUAUCAAAGGGAGUGCUUGUUUGUCUGUGUCCAGACACAGACUGGGGGACCAGUCCACCGUUUGCGCCAAGCCUGCCGCUUUUAGAUGUCGCCCUCCUCCAACACACCUGAUUCAAAUGAUCAGGCUCAUGAUCAGGCUUCUGCAAAGCUGGCUAAUGAUCUGAUCAUUUGAAUCAGGUGUGUUGGAGGAGGGAAACAUCUAAAACUGCUCUCGAGGACCGGUCUUGGGCAACCUGGGUCUACAAAGUAGGUGCCCUGAAAUCGACUGGUGGUCAGGGAAAAUCAAGACAAUGGACUGGUCGCCAGUCGACAUCAGGAAACAUUAGAGUCAAACAAUGCACUGUUCGCCAGCCAAUCGCAGUCUUAUCAUUGAUAUUUUAUCAAAUUGAUUGACAUUUUUCAGAAUGUCAAUUCAUGAUCAUUCAAUUUUAAGUCACUUUUUUGUUUUUUUGGUCGCGAUGGAAGAAAACUGAAGCUAAACCCGACUGCCUGCUAGCUUAAAUAUUAGCGCUGCUUGUGCACGUGGCCACUUUGACAUUCCUCAGUUUCCUUCUCGGCCACUCGGAAGCGAUACGUUUGUGAGCGUUUGACCAAGCACAAAUUGUAACAUAUUUUGUAUCAUAGACGUUUACCUGCACCUGUCAAUCAAUUUUGCGCCCCAAAAAUGGAAGGAAAAAAAGGUGUGGACAUUGCAACCCGGUCUGUGCAUGAGCCUCGUAAGACUUCAAAUUUAGCCAGCGUAUUCCAAAAAAGAAACAUACAUUGAGGCAGAAACGGUCCUUUCUUAUUUUGCAUGACGACUUUCUUAUGAUUUUUGUUUUCAUUCAACCACCGAGAUGUGGCAUCAUUCAGGAAAGCUCCUGGCCCGGAAUGCGGAGAGACGUCACUACUAUGCAUGGAUACCGUUGUAGGUAUUUGAUCUCAACGCACUCUUUGUUCACUGGACUUCUUCUGACAGGCACACCAAUAAAAGGUGAACCGUGCUAGUGUUAGUGCCAUCGAUGCUAAUUUCAGAAUACUGUAGCAUCAACGUGAUGACACAAACAACCUUUCUGUCAUCUCACUACAUUCUGUGCAAUGAUGCCUCUCACGAUAAGUAGCAGGACCAUCUAAAAUGGCCGCAGCUACAAUGGCUAACGUUAGUGGUUAUUGAUGUUCUUUUUGCACCCACACCAUGCCAAUAAUGGGCUAACAUCAGAAUUAUAUUUAUUGGCCAAGUACUUUGUGUGUAAAACACACAAGUAAUAUGUCUCCUGUAGUACGAGCUACACUAGGAUUGCUCUAAGAAGCAACUACGACCAACAGAGGCAUGACAUAGAAGUAUGGACAGUCUUUCUGUUAUGUCACAGUACCAUUGUGCGGUGGUGCCACCCAAUGACAGCUGUGCAACAAUGCGGAGGGUCAACAUGACUGCGAGUUUGCAUCGGGCUUUGCUAAUGCUAAUUUGCGGAAAGAACUGCACGUCAUUCGCCAUGUUUGCGGACCAUCCAAGAUGUCUGCGUCAAUAACGGCUAACAUAAAUGCAGAUUUGCCCCUCACACAGUAACUAGGCAAAGCAUCCCAGGUGGACAUGACGACACAUCUGCAUCUGUUUUCGCUUAUGUUUGUGUCUCACUCAGGAAGAAGCUUGAGAGUCCCAGAUGUCCACGAUAACAAAGGCUAACCUUUGCGCACAUUUGCUUCAGUCUUUGAUCAUGCUAAUUGACCAACAACAGCUAAGAUUAGUGACUAAUUCCCGAUAAUCUUUGUGCCUACACGGGAAGUACUCGGGGGUCCAGGAUAUCCAUGCCAACAACUGCGAGCUAUCAAAUUCUAAUUUGAGCUAACAUUAGCGUAACCAUUUUGACAAAAGUGGAGGGUGAGGGAGUUCAGUGAACAAAUUAAUCAUGAAUAAAUGAACUAUGAUUAAAGCACAGACAUGUAUAUUCAUGACACCAAUAAAUGACAUGA